AUGAAUAAAUUAAACAUUAAAUUGAUAAGAAAAUUUUCUGAUUCAUGUCAAGAAGCAAGUGGUGAAAUAAAUCAGAAAUUAGACAGCAGCAAGAAAGGUCUAGUUCUUGGUGUUUAUCAAUGCGGCAAGAAACUAGAGUUGACUUCAGCCGGUCAGGAGCUUGAUCAGAAAUCUGGGGGAAAGAUACUUCAACAUUUGAAUGAAUUGUCAGAGCGAAUGAAGCUAGGCCAGGCGUUUGUACUGACCGACGUGGUCCCGGAGUACUCUGCUGUAGCGCUCGCUUCGCUAGGGCCAAAGGACCCUGGCUACAAUCAGCUCGAAGCUUUGGAUGAGACUAGGGAAAACCUUCGUUGGGCUGUUGGAGCUGGUGUGAGGGUCCUACAAAAUCGAGGGUGUGGAGAUAUCUCCGUGCAGGCUGACGCGGAACACGACGCUGCAGCCGAGGCUGCCGAACUAGCCGCCUGGAGAUUUGAAGAGUUCAGAUCGGUAGAGGAGCGUCAGCCCGCGUGCAGGUUGUCGCUGCACGGGCAGGCGGGGGGCGAGGGCCCCGGGGGCGCGUGGCACGCCGGCUCGGUGCUCGGUCGAGCGCAGAACUGGGCGAGGUUCUUGUCCGACAUGCCCGCUAAUAAAAUGACUCCUAUAGAUCUUGGACAGGCAGCAUUAGACACGCUGUGUCCUCUGGGGGUUACCGUGGAAGCCAGAGAGCGCGAGUGGAUAGAGGCACAGAACAUGCAGGCGUUCCUCACCGUAGCCCGAGGGUCAUGUGAGGAACCCAUCUUCUUGGAAUGUAAUUACCGAGGAGACAAGGAAUCUCGGCCUCCAGUGGUUAUAGCCGCUAAAGGAGUCACUUUUGACAGCGGUGGCUUGUGUCUGAAGAAGCGGGAGAGCAUGGUGGAGAACCGCGGUAGCAUGGCCGGCGCCGCCGCCGUGCUGGGCGCGCUGCGGGCCCUCGCCGAGCUGCAGGUGCCUAUCAAUGUUUGCGCAGUCAUACCGAUAUGCGAGAACAUGGUGAGCGGACAGUGCAUGAAGGUCGGAGACGUCGUCAGAGCUCUCAACGGACUCUCCAUCCAGAUCGAAGACACGGACAUGGAGGGCCGGCUGAUGCUGGCCGACGCUCUGGUGUACGGGCAGGCCGUCCACAAGCCGGAGCUCGUCAUAGACGUCGCCACUUUCACCAAGGGCGUGCUGCAGGCGCUGGGCGGCGCGGCGUGCGGCUGCUACACGGAGAGCGAGGCGCUGUGGCGUGACGUCACGGCGGCGGGCGCGCGCUCCGGCGACCGCGCCUGGCGCCUGCCGCUCUGGGACUACUACCGCCGCCAGAUCACCGAUGACCCUUCAGUGGACUUGAGGAAUAAAGGUUCCGGCAAAGCUACCUCUUGUCUCGGGGCUGCGUUCUUAAAGAGCUUCGUGUGCUGCUCGUGGCUGCACGUGGACACGACGGGCGUGGGCAAGCUGGCGCACGGCUCGGCGCCGCCCUACCUGUCCGCGCGCCGCAUGACGGGCCGCCCGGCGCGCACGCUCGUGGCGCUGCUGCAGCGCCUGGCCGCCGCGCCCUAGAGCUACCGACUACAUCUACUUGUUGCGAGUUUUAAUUCAAACACCUAAUAUAUUAUUUGAACGUCUAUAAAUCA